UAUUUUGAAGUUGUUUCGGAAGCGACAUUAAAUAAUAGCGGAGGCUGCGCCUGCGUCAUCGUCAGUCCGUUUUGACAGCGCGCGAGAGAAGGCUGCAUAAAGGCUCUAGUGACCGCUAUACUUUACCGCACGAAAAGAUACGAAAAUGGAGUCCAAGCCUUCAGUCAGAGAAUUCUACAAGGGCAGGAGCAUCUUGGUGACCGGCGGCUCUGGCUUCAUGGGCAAGGUGCUUAUUGAGAAGCUGCUGUUCACCAUCCCCGACAUCGGAAAUGUAUACGUAUUAAUCCGGUCGAAAAGGGGCAAAUCUAUCAAACAGCGCUGGGAGGACAUGCAACGGUCCCCGGUUUUCGAGAGAAUAAAAAAUGAGAAAAAGAGUGCCCUUAAGAAAAUUGUGCCAAUCCAAGGAGAUGUCCUCUACGAGGACUUAGGUGUCUCCAGCAAGGAUUUGGACACCAUGGCUGAGGAGGUGUCGGUGGUGUUCCAUUUCGCAGCGACCUUAAGGUUGGAGUCGCCGCUGAAGGACAGUGUCGCCAUGAACACGGCGGGAACCAUGCGUGCCCUGAAUGUUGCCAGGAAGUUUAAAAAGCUUGAUAUGUUUGUGCAUUUAUCGACUGCUUUUUGCUAUCCUGAUUACAGAGUAUUGGAAGAAAAGUUCCAUUCUCCAACCGCGGACCCCCACGACAUUAUGCGCCUGUGCGACUUCCUAGAUGAAAAACAACUGGCUCUGCUAACGCCAUCGCUGUUAAACCAUCAUCCAAACACAUACACCUACACCAAACGACUCGCCGAGAGCUUGGUAAUGGAUGCGUACCCUGAAUUACCUUGCGUUAUUGCUAGACCCACGAUUGUGUGCCCGUCACUCAAGGAUCCCAUUCCCGGCUGGGUGGACAGCCUCAACGGACCGGUGGGCGUGAUGCUGGGCGCCGGCAAGGGCGUCAUCAGAACUAUGCUGUGCGACGGCAGCUUGAACGCGCAGGUCAUCCCCGUCGAUGUUGCCAUCAACGGGCUCAUCGCUCUCGUAGUGAUUGAAGUGACGAACAAAACAAAAUCCGAACACAUACCCAUUUACAACUUGAAUGGGGGACAUCUAAAACCAACUACGUGGGGAGAAAUAUUAGAUAUAGGGAAGAAGUAUGCCCGAAAAUACCCCUUGGCUUGGCCGUUGUGGUACCCCAAUGGGGACAUUACCACCAACUACUUUCUACACGAAACAAAACGCAUCCUCUUCCAUUUGGGCCCGGCAUAUCUUAUUGAUUUUCUUCUUUUAAUUACUGGGCAGAAACGAUUCAUGAUAAGGAUACAAGAUAGAAUUUCCCAAGGGUUGGAAGUGCUGCAAUACUUCACCACGCGAGAGUGGUACUUCCCCUGCCCUAAUUAUGACGCCAUUCAUACAAAAUUGUCCGACGAAGACAAUGAGUUAUUCUUAACUUACGUAAAUGAUUUAGAUAGGGAUGACUACAUGAUUAAAGCAGUGGAAGGCGGACGCCAAUUCUGCCUGAAAGAGGACUUUACGAAAAUCAAGUACAAUAGAAUGUACCAUAACUUCUUGUUCGUGUUGGACAUGAUACUAAAGAUAGUGUUCUGGUGUUUCGUCCUGUCAUUCUUCGCCGCCUGGUUCGAGCCAGUCCGCUACGUGUUCUCGCUGGGCGAGCCGGUGGUGAAACACUUGCCUUUCCUGGGCCCAUUAGUCAAAUCGGACUAAUCGACGACUAAAGCUCGUUUACAAUAUUAAAAUGGUACGAGUCUUGUUUUGGGGCUAAAAAUUUUAUGACAUUGUCGUAGAUGAUAAGGUUCGAGAAAAACUGUUAGACACUACAAAACUAUUAAAAAAUUAAAUUUUGCCUGCACAUUACUUAAUGUAUACUCGUAGGAAAAUAUUUUUUUAAUAAGAUUCUCGCAAACGACUUGUAUGUAAUUUUAUGUACGUAAAAAGGUAAUGGAUUAUAACGACUCUAGCAUUCGAUUAUGUUUACAAGGAAAAUGUUUAUCAUCAAGGUUAGGACUUAGAACAUUGUUAAUGUAUGCCUACAUAUUUUUUUAAGUUAGGUACUACAGUCAGCUGCAGAGAUAGUUGACCCCCCAGCAUAAAACUGUGAUAAUUGUGAUAUUCGUAAAUAUGUAGAGGGUAUCAGCUUUGACUAUGUCUGCAGCUGACUGUUCUUAUGUUUACAUACCAAAAUUGUCUGAAUGAAUUCUUUGGUCUCCGUAUAAAUGUGACCAUUUGUUCAUUUUAAUGUUAGUUUCACUCGAUACCUAAGAGUAGCGCCACUUGCACCAUCCCACUAACCCGGGGUUAACCGGUUAAACUGUUAACCCAGUGUCAAAUUUUACAGCCAGCCUAGCCAAGGUGACAAUCGCUAUCGCUUCGACAACGAAACGCUUUGUGUCUCUCUAUCACUCUUCCAUGUUAGUGCUACAGUGACAGUUGCGUUUCGAUGGCUACGAAGCUCAAAUGAUUUUCACGUUGGCUACGCGGCCUGGUAACCAUAAGUCCUCCGGUUUAACCGGUUAACUCUGGGUUAGUGGAAGUGCAAGUGGCGCUAAUAACAUAGAUCAGGAGACUAAAACAAUGGGACUAAAUGUUAAUUAAAUUAGGUAAUGUUGUAUGGUUAAGGAGGCAGGACAACUAGUAGAUAGGUAUUGAAACCAUAGUCUAAGUUAUAACUGAGAUUAACAUAAUGAACAAAUGCUUUUAUACAAACAUGAGGCGACAAACAGCGAGUAUCUAGUUAUUCCUUAGAAGUGUUUUCUCUUAGAAAAAGUACUCGUCAGCAGUGCAACAGUCGGCGUCUACGAUUUAGUAAAUACAUAUGUGUUGUUUAAUGCGAUAAUCGCAGCCUUGACCACAUACGAUCACGGAAUGUGGGGAAAAUGAAAAAACGCACUUACCCUUACCGCUGCGUUUACCGCGUAAAACAAUUCAUAUGUAUAGACCCCAUUUCAUGUACCAUGGCGUGAUUCCACUUGAAACUGCACAAAGAGAACCAUAAUGUUGAUCUAUUGUUUAACAAUUGCUUUACCACCUCUGCUCUUUCAAAGCCAGCGUGUGGUCAAAUAAUAAUACAAUAGGAUCAAGACUGGACGAUUACAUGUAUGGCAAGACGCCGCAAAAAAAGUUUGCCGGGUAUCCUAAUGGCCGUCUCAAGUGGAAUUCCGCAAUGGUAAAUGAAAUGGGGAAUACCUACUUUAUUUAAAAUGGGUGUGCGGCAAGAACAUCGCGUUUGACGCUGCGUUUAUCCUAUGAAACAACCGCGAGCUUUAGAACUGAUCAUUUAGUUAUGUGGCAAUAAUUUCAUGAAAUUUUAUGCAAAUCAUGAAAAAGCCAAACCUAACCUAACCAUAUCAUGAAAUGAUUAAUUCUAAAAUGGCAUUUCAUGAAAUGAUCAUAACCUUUGUUCUGGCCAGGACAUAAUCCCACGAUGUUCACAUGGGAUUUACUCUAACCGUAGCCACGCCUUGCGCAAAAAUUGACGAUUACUUAGUUGCCAGUCGGUUUCUUGACGCCGGUCUGACACCUGCCUAAAUUAUCUUGCCUAGUCAGCUCGAUAAUUACGUCCAUCCAUAUGCAUUCAAGUGGUUUAAAAUUAGCGCAUUAUUUUCCAAGGUUAUCAGAAUUUGAAAGAUAAAACGCGUUGUAUAUGCGAGUGUGGGCUAUUUUUCUUUGUAAAUAGCAACACCGAAUUGGUACCUCGAUUUGGUGGCAUAAAAUCAUAUAUAAUUAACGGAAAAUUUCAUACUCGCACAAAUGAUAACAUGCGAAAGACUUGGGCGGCCAUUCUAUAAAGAAUGAUCCAGACUCGUCCACGCCUAAAAUCAUUUUAAUAAUGUAAUAUAAGAUAUUUAUUAUUUUAUAUAAACAAUAUAACAUACUGUUAUAUGUGCCUACUUUGCUUCCCACUGGGUAAUUGUACUUCAACAGUUUUUUUUAUUAUAUAAGUAUAUGCAGUACUUGCAUGAAAAACAUCAUUAAAAUAAAGACCUUAUGAAAAGAGAACAAGAUAAACAAUUGCAUGAUUUUCCAAUGUGAUUACAGCAAGUGCUGUUAGCACGACAGAGAAGUGACGGUCUACGCUAAAUCGGCAUAUAUAUAUCAACAUACCUAACACACAAUAAGAAUUGAAAAAAAUAUUUCAUUGUAGAAUUUUGGAGUAAAUUUUGAUGCAAAGUAGACACCUAUUACGGUAGCCUCAGUUUAAACGUAAGUGAGUAUUAACGUAAGUGGGUACCUAUUCCAUUCGCUGCACGUUAUCUAAACAGCAAAAAUAUCAGCCCCACCUGUAUAAAUAAAUAUGUAGUAUAGUCACUUUGCGAUUACACAUUAGUAAGUAUGAAUGAAGAAGGCUACAUUUUUAGGUUCUGUGUAUUUGGUGUAGGUAUUAAAGUUAGACACCUAUAAUCGGCUUAUCAUUAUAUAUUAAUUAACCAGCCAUCUUAUUAGGCCAGUCGGAACAAGUGCGCCCAUGGGACAACUCUGUCGCCGAUUACUCGCACGGCGUAAGUUUUGCCGUAACCGCAUUUUCCGCGGGGCUGUAAACCAUACAUCAUUCCGGUAACUGUAGAUUAGGCGCAAUUACCCCAUGAGCGCACGUGUCCCUAGUAACCUUGUUUAGGAUUAAAACAGCCUUUCACAAUUAUGCUAUGGCGCGGGGUUAUGAAGAUCUAUUAAUAAACAAUAUUACGAAAUUUUA